AUGAUUUUGAGCCCUCUUCUAAAUGUGAGUCUCCGUCCCCAGUUGUGUUCAUGGGUGAAGCAAACUAGAAAUUUAAGACCAAUAAUAAAAAUAGGCAAAGAGAAGUUUCAACUGUUCUUAGAUGUUCAUCAGUUUAGCAAGGAUGAAAUAAGAGUUAAGGCGAGAUCUGAGUUCGUUAUCGUAGAAGGAAAACAGGAAAGAAAAACCGAAAACGGUUGUUUGAUACGGACUUUUGUUAGAAAGUUCAAGUUACCAGAAGGUUGUAACCCUCAAGAUAUAAAAUCCAAGCUGUCUCCAGACGGUUGUUUAAUGAUAACAGCUCCCAGAAAUAAGUGCAGUGUGAACUAUCCUUGUGAAACCGUGAUACCUAUUGCUUCUACUUCAAAAGAACCCGGUGUUUUCAAGGAAGAUAAGCCAAGUGAUUCACCGAAGCCACCAGAAAGUAAAUAA